AUGCCAAAAGAAAAAAAAACACAAGUUAGUCGGUUAAAAAGUUUUAUUUUGGAAUUUGGGGAUAAUGUAUUUUCCGCAGACGGAAGAGUUUUAUUUUGCAAAAUAUGUGAAAUUAAAGUAGAAUAUGAACGGCGAUCUAGUGUAAUACAACAUAUACAAACAGUUAAACAUGUGAAAAUGAUUAAACGGAGGGAAAUGUUCAAUACAAGAACCCAACAAAUGAUUACACAAACUAAUACAACUAAAAAGUCUACUUUCAAUAUGGACUUAUGUAAAGCAUUGCUGUCGGCUAACAUUCCAUUGAAUAAAUUAUCGAACCAAGUAUUUCGACAUUUUUUGGAAUCUUACACAGGGAAAGAGAUACCAUACGAAACAACUUUAAGAAAAGGCUAUAUUGAUGAUUGUUUUAUUGAAACUAUGCAAAAAAUAAGAGAAUAUAUUUCUGAUCAUAAAAUUUGGAUAUCGAUCGACGAAACGACCGAUGCUGAAGGUCGAUUUAUCGCAAACGUGAUUAUCGGUACUUUGGAAGCUGAAAAAUCUGGAAAAAUAUUUCUUUUGAACACUGAAGAACUGGAAAAAGCUAAUUAUUCUACAGUUAGUAAGCUAUUUGACAAAUCUCUUUCUAUAUUAUGGCCAGAUGGUAUAAAACAUGACAAUGUUUUAUUAUUUUUGUCGGACGCAGCACCUUACAUGGUGAAAUGUGGUCAAACGUUAAAUGCUUUAUAUUCCAAAAUGAUACACGUUACAUGCACUGCUCACGGGCUACACAGGGUGGCUGAAUAA